GGAAUAAAACACUACAUAAAAUUUACUUCGCACGGAUACAGCGAAGACUGUGCAGAGCCUCCUAAUUUAAAGUAAAGGUUAUAGAGAUCUCACUUUUUAUUCGGGCAAUCAACAGAGUAUCUCAAGUCGGUAUCACCAUUCCUGCUACGGAGUUAACAUGGCGGCGCAGAUGGCGGUAAAUUCAGGCGCCAGUCUGUGGGGGCCUCUGAAGGAACUAUGGGAGACGGUGGAGGGGGCAGUGUGGAGGAAGCAGACAGAGAGUGUCCAUCUUCUGGACCUACAGCUCAAGAAACACAAGCCACACUUUCUGAAACUGUUCCAGAACCCGCCCAAGAGUUCGGAGCAGAGGGAGAAGGUGCGGAAGGCCAGCACCGAGGGCAUCGCCAUCCAGGGCCAGCAGGGGGCCCGCCUGCUGCCCGAGCAGCUCCUCUCCGAGGCCUUCAUCCUCAGCGACCUGUUUGACCUUGGAGAGCUGGCUGCUCUUGAGCUGUUAUUGGCAGGAGAGCACCAGCAGCCUCAUUUCCCUGGUUUGACCCGUGGCUUGGUGGCGGUGCUUCUCUACUGGGACGGCAAGCGAUGUGUAGCCAAUUCUCUGCGCACACUCAUCCAGUCACGCCAUGGCAAGACCUUCACCCUGGACCUCAGUGAUGAGUUGGUGUCUCUGACGACACGCUUUACUGAUGAGCUGAUGGCCGAGGGCCUGACCAAGCGCAUCCUGACACUCGUGUCUGACAUUAGUGUGAACGGGGAGUUUGAGCGCCUGCAGAAAGAGAGGGGCCUUGGCAAUGAGAAGCACAGAAAGGAGGUUGCAGACCUCAUCAAAGAGUCCCGGCAGUCCCUGGCAGAGUGUAUGUUCGCCUGGACCUGCCAAUCACCUCUAAGCAAGGAUAACACGCUAGCCCUGAUUGGCCACCUGGAGACAGUAACUUCAGAAGCUGACGGCUCAUUGGAUAGUGUGAACCUGGCUCUGGUCAUGGCUCUGCUCUACUGCCUGGAUGUUAGCUUUCUCGAGCAGGCAACCGAGGAUAGAGACGACCUGUUGCAGGCGCUGCCACUGCUGACUGAGCGGGACUAUGUGAGUGCGAUACACACGCGUUUGGUGGAGGGCCAGAGCUGGAAGCUUCCAGGCCUCCAGGCUUUGGUGCGGCUGACCUGGGCUCUCUCUCUACGGGCCCUCUCCCAGCUGCCACAGGGAUCAGCUCUAGUGGAGUACACCGAAGCAGACGAAGCGUUGGCCGACCAGGCUCUCCUGGGCGGGGUCUUCCUCUUCCUGACAGAGGGCAUCUUGGGAUGCGAGGGCUUCACCCAGGAGGAGUUCUACACUCGCCGGCUGCACGCGCUCAUCACAGACUUCUUGGCACUCAUGCCCAUGAAGGUGAAACAGUUGCGUAAUCGUGCUGAUGAAGAUGCUCGACUUGUACACAUGGCUCUUCAGAUGGGCAGUGAGCCACCUGCCUCUCUCCGCAAGGACCUGGAACACCUUAUGAUACUGAUCGGUGAGUUCUACAGUAAAGACCCGUUCAGCCUGGAACUGGCUCUGGAGUUCUGGUGUCCCUCGGAGUCCCUACAGCACACCUCACUCAUGGGCUCAUACAUGAGCAUGGCUAUACAGAGACCACCUCAUAAACAGGUGGUGUUGUCCAAGUUUGUUCGUCAGAUGGGAGAUAUGCUGCCUGCCACUCUCUACAUCCCCUACCUGCGUAUGCUCAAGGGCUUAGCCAACGGACCACAGUGCUCCCAUUACUGUUUCAGCUUGCUCAAGACCAAUGGAGCCCCACAUGGUGAGAACCUGCAGGGGAGCACGGUGUCGUGGGAGCACUUCUUCCACUCUCUGAUGCUGUACCAUGAGAACCUGCGGCGGGACGUGCCCAGCGCCCAUGCCCCGCAGUACCGCCACACGCCCAUCAGGGGCAUCACCCAGCGAGAGAUGGACGGACUCACGUCCUUCAUGCAGCUGCUCACCACCAUCAUCACAUGGAGUGAGAACGCGCGCCUGGCGCUGUGUGAGCACCCCCAGUGGACGCCGGUGGUGGUCAUGCUGGGCCUGCUGCAGUGCAGCGUGCCGCCGCUCCUCAAGGGUGACGUCCUGCACGCGCUCGCCGCCUUCGCCAAGUCCCCCGAGAUCGCCGCCUCGCUCUGGCAGUCCCUCGAGUACACACAGAUCCUGCAGACCGUGAGGGCACCUGGGCAGAGACAAGCAACAGGCAUCGAGGUGGAGCUGAAUGAGAUCGAGUCAGGCUGUGAGGAGUACCCAAUGACGCGGGCCUUCUGCCAGCUGAUCAGCUCCCUGGUGGAGUGCGCUCUGCCGGUGAACCUGGGCGCAGGCGUGCGGGCGCCGGGCUUCCAGCCGUACCUCAGCUUCCUCCGCGACGCCGUUUUCCUGCGCUUCCCCACCAGAGCCUACCGACGGCCCGCCGAGAAGUGGGAGGUAGCUGAUGCCGUGUUGGAGGUCUUCCUUAAGCUCCUGCAGGACUACGAGCCCCAGCCGUCCGACUUCCUGCCCGAGUCUGUGGAGGUGGGCGGGGAGACUGUGGCGUCCCACAAGCCCCCGGGGCACAGCCUGAUGUUCCACCUGCUCAACGACUCGCCCACCCUCGCCCUCUGCCUCAGCCUGCUGCAGGAGGGAGUCCGACAGCUGGACACAUACGCUCCCUUCCCUGGUAAGAAGCAUCUGGAGUCGGCGGUGCUGCACUGUCUGUGUCUGCUGGACCUGGCACUGCAGAAGCAGGCCUUGUUCAUGGACCUGCUGAGGGAGAGCCAGGCCUCUCUGCUGGUGUCUCCACUGGAGCAGCUGCUGCAGGGAGUCAGCGCACACACACGCAAGGCUGACCACAUCACCAACAUCGCCAGGUACCUGUACCAUAGCAGCACCAACCCUGAGGCAGCGUUCCAGAGUGCUAAGAUCUUGAGGCGCAUCGCCCGAUACCCGAACAUCCAGAUCAGAAUGGUGGGAGACUUCACACACGAUCAGGGUGUGAGUGAGAAGCUGAUGGCGGGCUUUGUGGAGUGUCUGGACAACGAGGAGGCCGAAGAAGGGGUCGAGAACAUCGGAGAAGUUGACCCGGAGAAGAGUGUGGCGCGCGUGCGUCACGAGACCCAGGUGCACAUCCUCAACCUGCUCAUCACCUCCCUGGAGCUGCCCAGCCCCAACCUGGCCCUCUACCUGCUGGGCUACGAGGUCAAGAAGCCCGUGGCCUCCACCAACCUUCAGGACCCAGGAGUGUUAGGGUGUCCACGCAGCUGUCUGCAUGCUAUCCUGAGCCUCUUGCAAAGAGGCAGUGAAAGACGAUCUGGACCCGAAAUAACACAACAGGCUCCACACCUUGCUGAGCUCUGCUACCAGGUGAUCUACCAGCUGUGCGCAUGCUCAGAGACGUCCGGCCCCACCAUGCGCUACCUGAGGACCAGCCAGGACUUCCUGUUCUCACACCUGCAGCACCUGCCCUUCGUUGUAUCAGGUAAUGAAAUCGCCAGCCUCUCUCAGAUGUCAUGGCUGAUGAAGACGGCUGCUAUCGAGCUCAGGCUGACAUCACUGAACCGCCAGCGCUCACACACUCAGAGACUACUCAACCUGCUGCUCAACGAUCAGCCCCACACACAGCACACAGCUGACAGUGAGUUUGGCAUGGAGGAAGACAGCAGGUCAGUCAGUGGAUUCCUGCACUUCGAUACAGUUUCGAAAGUGCGCCGUAAGUUGCUAAGUGUGCUGGACGCCAUCAACUUCAGCCAGGAGGUGCCAGAGCUGCUGCAGCUGGACUACUUUGAGCGUGCUCAGAUCGAACAAGUCAUCUCCAACUGUGAGCAUGUCAACGAGCAGGGACACACCGUCUGCAACGUCAAGCUGCUUCACAGGGUUCUGGUUGCCGAGGUGAACGCCCUGCAGGGGAUGGCUGCUAUUGGCCAGAGACCCCUCCUCAUGGAGGAGGUGAACUCCAUCUUGACGCAGGUGGUGGAGCGUAACCGCGUGCGGCGCAGCCUGAGCGCCAAACGGCACGCGCUGCAGAGCUGGAGGUCAGUGGUGGAGACCAUCCUCACCGCCUGCCCAGCCGACCUCAUUCCCGCUGACCAGAGGCAGCUCAUCAUACGAGACCUGCUGCUCGACCUGCACGACAAGGUUCUUGCUGAAGAUGCAGCGGUGGAGCUGAUGCCAGUGGUAGCGGGGACUGUCUUCACACUCACCGCCCACCUCAGCCAAUCAGUGCUCUCCGAACAGCAGCAAGGGGCGGGACUAGAGGGAGGGUCACCGUCUGGAUUUGCCUCCAUCGCCAACUCUGCUCUACACCUGAUCCUGCGGAAGCUUCUAGACUUUAUCCUGUGCACAGGUGGUGGAUUCCAAAGGCUGCGUGCUCACCUGUACGGUUCGCUUCUUUACUAUCUGCAAAUCGCCCAGAAACCAGAAGAGCCAGACACACUCCAGUCAGCGGGCAGCUCCAUGUGGUCCCGCCUGAUGGCCCCGGAGGACGGCUUCGGCCAGCUGCAGCGGGAGAGUCUGGCCAUCAUCGAGAGCUACGGCACCACCCUGAUGGAGGUGGUGUGCAGGGACGCCUGUGACGGCCACGAGAUUGGCAGAAUGUUGGCUCUGGCUGUGUUGGACCGGAUCCUCUCCAUUGACCGCCAGUCUCAGUGGCUGCUGUUUGUGUGUAACAGUGGCUACCUCCGCGUGCUCGUGGAGAGUCUGCGCCAGGACGACGCGGCUCUGCAGACCCUCCUGUGUCCACAGCCCCCACUGCUCAAACCCCUCUACAUAUACGAGUCCAAGAUGGCGCUGUUGACGCGGGUGGCCAAGCAUGUGCAGGGAGCCGUGGAGCUGUUGCGCUGUGGACUGGUGGCCCAGCUGGUGGAGUGUCAGGUGUUCCACAUGCUACCCGAGAGUGACUCCCACAGGGUGUUUGGCCAGAGGGACAGGUCAGCGUUCAUCCCGUCUCCCCUGGAGCGCUACAGGCAGAUCCUGCUGCCCACCCUCAGGCUACUGCAGGUCAUCCUCACAUCCACCUCCACACACCACCAGCAGGGGGCAGCACAGGUGCUGCAGUGGUUAAUAGUGCAUGCGGACACCAUCCAGACCAUCCUCCGUGGCCAGGACAUGAGCCUGGGGGCUCUACAGGAGCUGUGUCUACUCACAGGCAUCAUCAGCAAGACUGCACUGCCAGGUACUUUGGAGAUGGGUGAUAUAAACAGCACUGCAUUGAUGGAAUUCCAGGGUCACGUGGGCAGGUUCCAGCGUCAGUGUUUGUCUCUGCUGGGCCGAUUGGCCGGCACCGAGCGCAUGCGGCUCCUCAAGCAAGCGGAAGAAAGCAUCGCCCCCGGCGACCCUGCCGACAGACGAGAGGAGCUGGAGGUUGCCAUGCAACAGAUCUGUGCUAAUAUAAUGGAGUACUGCCAGACCCUGCUACUGCAGAGCUCCUCUGAUGCUCAGUUCAGCAUCUGCCUGUUCAGCCCCACAGCCAGCGAACCAGCUGCCAGAGACACUACACGGACAGAUCUGGCGGUGCCCUCGGCCCCGUAUGCGCGUGUGCCCAGUCUGGGGCUGGUGCUCUACCUGCUCAAGACCAGCGCCGGAGACUUCUUCCGUUACCAUGACAGCCAUCAGCAAAGUCUCAACAAGCUGCAGGGCCUCGAGCAGCUCUCCCCAGAGGAGCUGAAGGAGCUGUGCCAGGCUAUAGUGACGGGCGCGGGGGUGGUGGAGAAGCUGCCAUCGGUGCAGAGGACUCAGCUGGCCAAACGCAGACUGGUGCAGUUCAUCAACAACCGAGCCAAGCUCAUGGCUCUCUGCUCCUACAUCAUUGAAGUGUGCCUAUUUGUUCUCUGGCGCCACCUGGAGUACUACCUACUCUACUGCACCCCAGCUGACCCAAAAGACUCCCUGUUGCCAGGAUACAGAGGUGCCACAGGUGGUCGUAGUUUGGGUCUGGCCCAAGUUAGUCAGCAGGAUUUAGAACAGCUCCAAAGUGAUGUGGCCAGCAGCUUCAGUGAGCAUGUGCAGAAGAAACUCCUUGAAGUGGAGGGUCUCUACAGUAAAGGGCGCUCACGAUACACCUUCAUCCAGGCCCUCACACGCAGGAUCCGAGGCCUCGUGCGGCAAACCAAGAGUUAACACACACACACUCUCCGGGUCUUUCUCUUAUUCCCUUUAACGCCUUUUUACAAAGCACUCAUGAAAUUUCUACUACUAAGGUUUUCUCGCUUUGGAUGUAUCUAAAUAUUAGAAUUGUGCAUUAUUUACUGCCCUUUUUGUUUGUUUUUUGCUAUUAUGUCAAAUAAAAGGAUUUUCUAAAUUGA